AUGGCGAAGUGCGUGGCAAUGGGCAUCCAGCUAGACUAUAUCACCCGCGAUGUACAUGCCAAGAUGUCACAGAAAAAGUGGCAAGAACGAAACCCAACGAUCAAUGGACGGUGACAUCUUCGUGAACCCAAACGGCCAAGUAGUCCUGGCCAAUGCCACUCGAAACAACAUAGAUACCCCAUUGCUAUCUGUAAAGACAGUUCACGAAAGCAAAAUUAAACCACCAAAGAGAGUGUAUAAUAUCGUAGAGUGUUCUUAUGACUCUUGAGCUGCAGACUACCGGGCAAGCCUGACAAUGAUGUCCACUUACUUAUCCCGACUUCACCCACCUCAUUUGACGCCAAGAGCAACAAGGUCUCGCGAAUUGUCGCCUAGCUGGUUCUCUCACGCAUUGACGGAAGCCCCUUCACUGCGAACAGCAUCACCGUGAACAACCUGAUCCUCACGCACAGCACCCGCGGG